AUGGACUACGAAUCCAUCCAUGGCGAAGGCCAUUCGAAUUUUCCUUCAACGCAUCGACUCCCAACCAUCUCCCUAGCCCAAGCAUUAGAGGAAAGUAAGGGGUCUGGACGGUUUAUUUCUACGGGUGUGAGGGGGCUGGAUGGGGGGUUAGUUAAUCGUGGGGAUGAGGUGGAUGGAGAUGGUAGGGAGGAGGGAAAGGGAGAGGGUGAGUAUGGGAAGGGAACUGGGAAGGGAAUUGGUGGUGUGGAAAGAGGGAAAGUUAUGGAGAUUUAUGGACCGCCUGGGGUUGGGAAGACGGGGGUUGGGAUGCAGAUUGCUGCGAGUGCGUUGGGGAGUGGGGAUGGGGUUAUGUGGGUUGACGCAUCACAUCCCAUCCCAGGAAUCCGGUUCAUGCAUAUACUAGACUCUCAUCUCCAGAAAACCAAAUCGUCACAAGAAGAAUCCUCAUCGGAAAUUCGCACUGCGGAAGACGCGCUCGAGAAUCUCACUCACUAUUCGGUGCCUACGCUGGCUCAUCUACUCGCGCUGUUUUCGCAGCAAACGGCAAAUCAUCCUGCGCCGAAUACUAGUCUCAUAGUAAUAGACUCAUUCUCGACACUUAUUAGUACAGCGUUUCCUCGCACUGCUGAACCUCCUGCUGUAGCUAAUAAGAAACCGGGAGCACCCAAACCUACAAAUCCUUCAUCUCGAAAAUUUCCAAUUCUCCAACAUCUUCUAGGGACACUUCAAAAACUUGCUGCGACGCGGAAUAUCGCUAUUGUUAUUUUGUCUCAAUGUGUGACCAAGAUGCGCCCGGGAAUUGGUGCUGUUUUGGUUCCUGCGAUAAAUGUACCUUCUUGGGAUCAGGGUCUGUCAAGUCGUGUGGUGUUGUUCAGAGAUUGGGGAUGGAAUGAUGAGGGGGGAGAUGCUGUGUAUGGAGCACGUCUUGCGCAGGUUGUCAAGGCGGAGGGUCUGACUCUGCCAGAAGGGAGAGGGUGGUUGGCUGGGUUUACUAUUACUGAGACUGGAAUUCGCUCACUACCACUCCCCACUUUCGCAGUAUUCAACCCACCAACUGUUCCGCCAUUCAAUCCAAGACACUUCCAAGAUGGACAGCCACAUUCUACACCUCAAGUCCUACCUCAAAAACGAAAAUUAGCAUUUACGGACCUGGAAAUUCCGGAUAGUGAGGGUGAAGAUGAUGAAGAUUAUGGCUGGGCGGAAGAGGAUGAGGUUGAGGUGCCGGUGAUGCCACCGCAAUGGCAGGGAAGUGAGGAUAUACUAAUUCCAGAUCCUAAGGAGAAAGAAAUCGAAGCGGAAGAGGAAGAAGAAAACGAUGUCGAGGAACCUGAUGAGAUGAAUCCAAAUGAUGCGCUGCAAGAUGGGAAGACUGGAACUGGAGAAAUAUUGGACAGCGAUGACGAACUUGCGCUUUAA